AUGAGCAUAGAGAGGGGGAAGGAUAGAUAUCAAGAUUAUAUAAAGGUAGAGCAAAUAAUGAGUUCCUCUGGUGAUAGGUUGAGAGGUAGUUAUCCAUUAGCAUCAGGGUUUAAAGUACCUCAAAGUAGAGGGAUUUCAGAGCCUAUUACAAGAAGCAUGCUAAAAGUUAAUGAUACACCAGUUCAGGCAGGUUGCAGCACUAUUGGUGCUGGUGGAUAUCGUAACAAGGUUUCUCUUGAACCUGGUCAUAGUGCCUUAGACUGGAAUGAUUUAUGUGAAUCUUCAGGAGUUAAAGGUGAGAUGGUCAGUGGUCUUUCAAAACAUUUAAGUGAUCCAAAUGAUGAACUAUUUAUGAUUAAUCAUGGAAAUAGUCUUAGACAGUUAAGUGAAGGUGUUCCAACCUUUAAACUAAUGCCACCUUUGAUGAUUACCAAGAAGAUGGUGGCCAAACAUAAGGAUAUAGAUGAUUGUUGGUGUAUCAUUAGAGGUAAAGUUUACAGUAUUAGUAACUAUUUUAAGUUUCAUCCAGGAGGAGACAAGAUAUUGAUAAAUCAAUGUAGUGGUAGAGACUGUACAAAGGCAUUUGACCAAUACCACAGAUGGGUUAACGUUGAGAGAUUACUAGAAACAUGUUUUGUAGGUAAUUUAAUAUGA